AGGUGUUUUAUUCAUUUCUUUUGUGAUUAUAUACAUCUGAUUAUCAUAAUGGGAUUUAAUAAUAAUUGAUAUCAAUUUAAUGGCAUGUACUCGAUUUCCACGAAACCAUUGCACAAUUUGGGAUUGGUGAGCUGGAAUUGGCUUCCUGGACAACACUUACGUGCUGUGUUUUCACUUGGGCUGGAUUGCCAGUUUUUGAUUGCUGAUUUUAUGGGGUAAAGUACCACAUUGUCAAAAUGGAAAGUAGCGGCGCAAAGGACGGAGAUUCUGAUUACGGAGGGACAGAUGAGGUUAGAGCUGAAUUAGAGCGCACUUUUUCAUUUGAUGGCCCUUUGAUUAGUGUUUUUGAAUCAUUGGCCAGGCAAAACUCAGUAACGGUUGAUGGUGAGGAUGAUUUGCCAGAAGGUUUAGUGAACAAGAAGCAUAGCUUUCAGCGAUUUAAAAGUUACAAUAGACAUGGGUGUCAACAGGGUGUUCGAUCCCUAAAUGGUAGAAAUUUUCAUAGACAGAUUGAAGUGAAAGAUUUGAUACCGGUUCCGCAGAGAGCUACAUGUAGGUCGCUGUACGCGUCAACUAAGGCAAGAAAGACUAAAAAACUGAAAUCUGUGGAAGGAAUAUCAACUGGAGUGGGUUUCAACUCUGAUGGAGUAAAUGAAGUUAUCAUUAUUGACACAGACAUGAAGGACACUGCAGAAAAGCAAUGUAAGAAAGGCUGGAAAAGGUCAUCAUCCUGUGUGGAUAGAAAUAGAAAGAGACAGCGUGAAAACAAGGUUGGAUCCAAAAACCACAAUGGGGGGACGUCAAAAUCAAUGCCAUUUUUGAAAUCCAAGAUGGAGCCAUUAUCCAGCAAUGUGCACUCUUCUAAAACUAUAAAGGAACAAUUAAAUGUCAGGAAGAUGAAAAGAGCCUUUCAGACAAUAACUGAAAAAGAACAGUUAAAACAUUCAGAGAAAUUUGACGCUGAUAAAGAUGUUUCAGAAGAAUUUCAUGAUGAAAAAGGUGUACUGGAAAGCAAUGCAGAUAGCAACAAGGAGGCUGAAGAGAGUGGACAUGUUGAUGUGGUAUUGAAGGAUAGAAAGUACAGAGCCUUGUACGAACAAUACUUCCACUUUUCCACAGAUCAUGGGAAAGAUGAUACAGGUAGUUUGAAGAAGGAGAAAAAUGUCAGCAACAUGGAGAAACAUGGCAUGGAGAGUGAAAAUCAUGACAAGGGAUGUGGGGACAGGGAUACUCAAAUGUGGGAAAAUGUUGCUUACAUGUCCCAAGAUGCUGUCAACAGAAAGAUAAGGGAAAAUAUGAGAGGGAAGAGUUGCCCGACCGAUGAGAGUUUCACUCGUGAAGGACAUCAGACAGAGAGGAAAUGUGCAGAAAUUGACCCCCAGUACCAGGCUCCACAAACCGAAUACUCGCCUUACAUGACACCCCCAUCUGAGAAAUGUGAAAAACUGGUGGUAUCACCCAUACCAGAGAAAUGGAACGAUACAUUGGAGAAAGAGGGGCAUUCAGCAAACAAACUUGGAUCCGAGAAGCUCCAGGACAAUGUCCUGAUCGACAAUAGAUUGUUGGAAGACAGCCUAGAUGACAAUGUCGACUGUAACGUUCCUGCCUUACGCCCGGACGGUUGUUUUUCCGCCACAACUCCUGUGUCACAGUUCAUACGCCCCGCAGCCAUGGAAGGGGAGGAUGAUACUACCAACACUUGUAAUAGCAUUGACUCCAUUGAUGAUUGGGGGAAAGUGGACUCAGGAGAGUUGUUCGAAAGCACCGAGAUCUCUUUUGUCAGUUUCAUCAUAAGCAUCUUCAAGGGUUUACCUACUGGUUGUGAAUACAGAGAACGAGACGUCCACUAUAUUAAGAAUGCCAUUUGUGGAAUGGUUGAAGACAUUCAUUCACCUAAAAGCAAAAUUAACAAGCAGUUCCCAGAGAAGAGGAGUCGGAAAGAAGUUGACAUUUGUGCGAAAACUGAUGAAAGUAAAACACUUGUUUAUAUUCAAGCUGAAAGAGAUGAAUUAGAAAUGGACAAUAUCGGUAUGGAAAUGGAGAAAGCUGCUGUCGAUGAAUUACAGAAGGAACUUGAUAAAGGGGAUGAAGAUGCUGGAAAUUUGGAAACCGAUGAAUCUUGUCUUGUUGGUCUGGAAGUAGAUACUGCUGAUGAUAGGGAUGAGAUGGAUGAUUGUGCAACCCCAAGCAAUGCUGAUGAUGAAAAUUUAAGUGAAGAUGUUGAAUCCAGUGAAGAUAUUGAAAAUGAGGACCAAUUAAGUAAGGCUGAACAUGAUGUUAAUGGAAAAGAACUAGAAUUAUUAUCUGGUGAUUUAAAGGAAGAAUUACCUACUUAUGAUGAAUGCAACAGUGAAGUUAAAGAUACUGUUGAUGAAGAGAUCUGUUUUGAUAAAGAUGAACUCUGCGUGGACGGUGCAAUUGAGAAUGGAUUUGACAAUACUCUGAAAAACAAUUUUACGAUGAGGAAUGGUCAAAAAGAGGAUGAACACAUUAGUGACAUUGACAAUUGUACUGUUCACCAUGGGGAAAGUAAAGAUGAUUUUAAAACAAAGAUGGAAAUUCUUGAUGAAAACAAUAAAAAUGGUAACAAAGACCUGGGUUUCCAUGUCGAUGAAAUUGAAACAAAUUAUAACAAAAGUGAAGCAAAAGAGGUCAAGAGUGGCAGUGGUGAUACCAACUUAUAUGACUGUGAUGGUAUCUUGCCUAAACCAAAGAUGAAAAAGGAGACAUUGAAGUAUUGCGUCUGGAAAAUAAGGAAGAAAUUCAAGCAAGAAGAAGAGCACAUAAAACAGACAUUAAAAGGAAAUAUGAAUGUCAGAUUAAACAGAAGCCAAAAAAGGAAAGAAACAGACACAAGAAAGGGGAUGAUGAAAGUUGGAGGACCAGCCAGGAUGUACAUUAAAAGGCCAAGCCAAAGAUGGGAAAACAGACGUUCUACAGGAAAGGAGCCGAAAGUCCCGAACCCUUCAGGGGAUUUUUCAGAGGGACCCCGCAAAGGAAAACGCACCAAGAAGUUGCCCCUGUUUGGUGGUGCAGGCUGUGGCAGACAGUGUUCAAACAAUGGAGGAGGAGGAGGGAGUAAUAGUAGUGGAUCUGGCAAGCAGACUGGUUCACAACAGAAGAACAAAGAUGACAGUGGACAAGGAAACAAUGACAAAAACAACAAUGGAGGCACCAACAAUAACAACAACAACAGCAGUGGCAAAAACGCAGGAUCAGAUGGAUACCAGUCUGGCCACCACAGCCCCCUGGAGAUUGUGGAAUCAAACCUGCCUGCUAGGGAUUACAAGUUUUACAAGAAGAGAGAGCAUGGGCAGAUAAAUGAUGAAGACUUUGAGAUGUUCCUGGGAAACCUCAGCCAUGUAUGGGACACUGGCGGGCAUCUCUCACGAAUAAACAACCCAGAUGUAGCGAUGUGUGUUGCAUUCACUCUUCAGUUAAUCGAGGACCAAGAAGAAGAAACUGCUAACUGUACAGUGUGUCUAAUCCUUGACUCUAUGCUUCGACACUUUGCCAGUUGUAUAGUCAGUCCGACAUUCUCAACUGAAGGUACAAGGAGUUGCCAAAUGUGUCUACAGAUCUUCACCUUGAUUUGCAUUCACAUCAAUGACUGCAAUAAUAAUAAUCACUUUCAUGAGAAACUGAAUGAGACCACCUUGGACAAGGGAAGUAAGUCCCUGUGUACUUCAAAGUUAUGCUUAUGGGUGAUACAAAAACUUGAGGGCAAAGAUUUACCAAUGCAGAUCAAUAUGGUCUGGAUUCACAUUCGUGGCCUACUUGGUAGAAUCCUUGAUGGUGUGUCAGUUGAGGCAGAGGAUAUCGUCAUUCCUGAAGUCCUGACUAGGGGUACAAAGUUGCAUGUCAAGAGGCCCUCACGGACUUCAACUACACGUCUCCCACUCAGCCUUCCAAGCAUACCUGAGAAUGAAACAAUAGGGUCUCCGAACAAUUCCCGACCUUUGAGUAGAAAGAAAUCAAACUUAGCUAGUGUGGAAGAAAACAAAUCCCAGAAACCUGUACAUACGGGCACAGACUCUAUUGAGGUAAAGCAGGAAGCUGAAGCAGCAGUAACUAGCCCUACCGAAGAUUUCACAGAUAAAUCAGGAACUAUUUUUGCUCAUGUAAGACCUGAAACACGCGAUGAGAGUGAGGAUGUGGGGGAUGCUCUACCAACUGGACAACAAGAGGGCCAUGAUUUGGAAGGCCCAGGUAGUGGAGGUUCGUCGGGGGACUAUACGCCCUCUUUUGUUCAGCCAAGGGGGAGAGGAAACAAAAGCUUACCCAUGGAUGGUUUUAAAGACCCACAGUACUUCAUCAGCGUGAAGGAGAAGCCAACAGGAAUAAAGGGAAUAGAUGAGGUAGUUUAUGCAGACAAGGCCCAGCUGGUAAGAGUGGUCGGGAUAUGGGAGGAGUUCAAAUCUCGCUUUCUCAUCGAGGCCAAACUUCAAAAACAUGUCAGGGAGGAAGGCGUUAUUCUUAAAGAGUAUAAGAGCAAGCUGAAGAUUAUGGGUCUGCGUUACAACAAUGAGUUCCAGUGGAUUAAGAUUUCACAUCUUGGAAAUGGCAUGACUGGGAAAUGUCACCUUGCCAAAGACUUUGAAACAGACUUCAUGUUCUGUGUGAAGGAGAUGCACAUCUCCCACUAUGAGAAAGAAGAGAUAACCUUGUGGAGUGAACUAGAUCACCCAUUCAUCGUGCAGAUAUACGGAGCCAUUCGUCAUGGCGAGAAAAUAUACAUCCUACAGGAGUUUAUUGCUGGUGGCUGUCUUACUGAAGCUAUCAAUGCCCAGAGGAAACUGGGUCAACGUCUAGGACAGAGAACGGCUCUACGAUACUUCAAACAGCUGCUCGAGAUACUGGUGUACCUUCAAAACAAGAACAUAAUGCACGAGGAUAUUAAAGCUGACAACAUUCUGCUGAACACCAUGAACGGGUCCGUUUCCAUCAAGAUGACAGACUUUGGGCUAUCAAGGCGUAUUCAGGGGACACCGAGGAAAUACAACAAACUUGUAGGUACCCAAACUCAAUGGAGCCCGGAGAAAGCCAAGGCGAUAGAGUACAGCUUUCCUGCAGAAGUGUGGGCUGCUGUGUGUGUGCUGGUUCAUGUACUGAGUGGGGUUCCACCAUGGAUCAAAAGAUACCAGAAUUUGAUGGCUCUUAUUGUUGUGAUUGUAGAGAAAUCACCCCCUGUUGAGGACAUUCCUGCGAACAUCGACGGUGAGAUCCGAGACCUGAUUCUCCAGGGCUUUACGCUUCCCCAAAGGGCUCGACCCUCUGCUAGCGACCUCCUGAGACAUCCAGCAUUCGUGCUGCUAGAAAAUGGAAGCCCCGAUCAGGCGUAUUCACUUCUCCCCUCAAUGGGAAAUGGACACACUUCACAUAUUCAAAGUGAGAUAGACAUGAGACUUCAUGAAAUUGUGGCAGAAAUCGACAAAGGCAAGAGUCAGAAAGAAGCAGCUAGCAAGAGUCAAAAAGAAGGUGCUAGCAAGAGUCCGGAAGAAGCUUCUAGCAAGAGUCAGAAAGAAGCUGCUUAUUUGGAGUCUGAUUCUACAAAGGAACAUAAAGAGAGUGCGGCUCAUAAUGAGGUUCAGCCUAAUCUUCAAGGUGGUGAAGAUCGGGAGGUGUUACAACCAUCAUUAGCAGUUGAUCCCUAUGAACAUUUGAUGAAAUUUUUCGGAGACGAUAUUCAGAGUCAUCCAAAUGGAAAGACAGUUCCUCCUUCUGAUAGUGCACCUGUUGUUUCUCUCUAUAUGGGACAAACAGAGAAUGGUCGACUAAAAUCGAGUGGCUCAGAUACCAGCUUGCCGAAAACUUCUGAUGAGCUGAUUAAUGCGCUUUUGCCUAAAUUUGAAGAAAUUGGUCUACCCGACUUUGAUAUUCUCAUUAGUGAGAGCCUACCCCUGAACUCUGAGAGAAAUAUAGAUACCUUUAGGAUUGAUUCAGCCCAUAGUUCUGACUAUGAAAAUAUGGAGGAGGUUGAAAAGCUUGAUUCCCAAGAAGCAAUGCUGAAUAUCAUUAAGAAAUACAUUCCUGAGGUAGUGAACCAGAGCGAAAGCAUGACAGAAAGCACUUCAAGGACUGACAUCUCUGAUAUAUUGUCCAACACUUCCUUCACUGAUUCUACAGGUGAUGGUAAAUCAGAAAUUGUGCCUAAAACACACAUAUCAGUAGAGAGUAGUCCUCCAAAAACUGCCAGUGAUUUAACAACUAAGCCAUACAGCCCCAUUGAGGGAAAUACUUUUCCAGACCCUGUAAAAAUUCUGCCUGACAACAACUCAAUUUCUGAUGAUGACUUCCUGUUUAUGUCAGGAUCUCCUCCCAAAACAUCUCAUUCAAAUUGGAUGAAACACACACCACCGACUCAUUUCCCCAUAGGCUUUGAUCAGAAUUUGAAGAGGCCAGAAUCUGUGCCAACAACAGUUCUUGUUCCUAAAAUAGGGAGCCCAAUAAUGCCAACAAUGGUUCAGCCUAACGAGCAAGUAAUGAGUAAAGAUCGGAACAUUCAGUCGACCUCCACUCCAGGAACCACCAAGCAUAGCCGUAAUUUUAUGAACCAAGAGCAGUUGCCUACAAACCCAAGACCAGAGUUAAACCCACUUCUUGUGUCUCCAAUUCCAAAAAGUUCACUUGUAAGACCAUUACAGUAUUACCAGACAAGUGAGGGUCGAAGAAUUCUGAUUAUUCCAAGUCCAGUGUCCAAUCAAACAUUUGAAGAUUUUCAUCAAGAACAGAGGAGUGGUUUCUUUCAGAUGAAAAAGGAGUCAAAGGAAGCAUAUUCUCAAAAAGAACUGAAUGAUCAUGAUGAGAAAAUAAGACAAGUGUUUCUAGCCAAUGCUGAGCUCAUAGAGAAGUAUUCAGGUAGUUUUACCAAGAAUUUCACGCCUCGACAGUCACCUGACAUCAGAAGCAACUUAGUGGGUAACGGUUUUGGACUAGCAAGCCCUGGGGUUCUAUACAAUACACAAAAUCCAUACCAUCCUGAACAGGCUCAAUAUACGCCACUGAAUACAAAUCAGAGAUUUUUUCCGAGAAAUCCACCUUACCAAGAGGGUGUUCGACGGGAAUUAUUCAUGACCAAUCCAGGACAGGUACCAGAGCCAUAUGUGAUGACCACUGGGCAUAGCCUGAUGCCGGUCAUCAAUCAAACAACUGGUUACCCCCAUAAUUAUCUACAUGAAAGGCAACCGUUAUCAUUCCAGGGAACAAACCCUUCAGGGAAUUACAACCAGACCCAAUAUCCAGGUUCUCUGUACCAAAAGGACAUAACUGGACCCAAGCAAUCAGCAUUCUUCCAAACUCAACCUUCACAGCCUAUUGUGCCAUCAAUGAGAGUCCACCAAUCAAGCUAUCUAUUUUUACAAAACCAGAUCCAGCCACCAAGAUAUCCACAAUUUCCCAACCAGACUGUCCUGUUUCCUUCCCAAGCCCCUGUCGCUCCAGUUUCCCCCAACUCAAGGCCUCGAGACCACCAUGAUAUUGAGAGAACUUUGCGAAAAAGUUUCUCGGCACGGACCCAGACAGCAUUUGGACCAAACCAGGCAACCUUCAGACCAGCAAAUAACUUCAAUUUCAGUCCCUCAAUGAAUCCAAGACCUCCUCAACCAGCACAUGGAGUCAUCAAAAACCCAAACCUGCAGGUGGACAUCCGCAAGGCAUCAGAGGCCCACAAAUACUCACCCAUAUCCCAGUCCCAAACUGCGCCCGUCCUUUCACCGCCCAAAACACCACAGACCCGAAACCUUCUACGUCAUGCAUCCCACAUUAUGCCUCUACCUUACACGCAGUCGGAUGGGGCAAGUUCCCCCGCCAGUGGGAUGGGCCUCUCAACCGGAUCAAAGUCCCAGUUUGAUCAACAGGAGGAAAUCUUCAGGCAGCUGGGUAAGACUGCAGUGGAUGAACUCUCUCAGCACAGUGACCCUGUGGAGAAGUUUGAACGCGGCCUCUACGACUUUGAUGAUGAUGAGAAGGGGCCUUAUGCUGAAUUCCACAUGAGUUCUGACACCGAUCCAGAGAGUAUUGCUCAUUACCUUGAUAAAGAAGAAGAUGGAGUUUUGUUGGUGUUUCGGCGUGGGAGUGUGGAAGAGAAGUUUCGAAUGUCAGACUCAUAUGCUCAUAACCCCUGGAACAAGGUCAUCGAAGAUAUUCUCACUUGGAUACCGAAGAAAUUCGGCAUUGGGAAGUACUGUCUACAGUCAGCUGAGGGUGAGCUACUGGACGUUGACACACAUCUUGACUCCGGCCCAAGAGUGCUGUUUGUGGUCGAGGGAACGGACAAUGAUCCCUGGUGGGCAGACAGUGAUGGCUUCUACUUCAAUCCGAAGUUCGGGGCUCGGAAGUGACUUUUGUGAACAUUUUUUGGUGAAUUUCCUGCUCUCAUUUGCCUUUGGUUUUGCAAUGAUAUGUGCAUGUGAGUACAUUGGUAAAUUUAGUCUUUAAAUGAAAUAAUUAGCUGUUUUUUUAGGCACAUGGGGGCUUUUUGUUAUGUUAUUGUUAAUUUUAGAAAUGAUUAUAUCUUAUAAACAUUGUGAUAAUUUGUCAUCUUAAACAUUUUUUAAUUUCACAUACAUAAUCACAUCAUAUAAACAUUAUUGUUUUAGCUAUGCAGUUUUUAAAGGGGGUUGCCACCAGAAUGUUUUUGGUAGCAAGCCUUUGUUCUUAUUUGAGCAACAUAUAUAUAUAUAAUAUAUAUAAAAACAUUAAAAUGGUAAAAUUACUUUUAAACACUAUUUCAUUAUUUCUAUCAAAAUCAUAUUUUUUCAAGAUCUUCAUUGCACACGCAGUUCAAUGUACGUUGUUAUCUUAGCACCAGCAUGUUUUUUUUGGGGGCCAACCUGUUUUUUUUUUUAGCCCCCCCUGCCCUUUUCCCUUUUUAAUAUUUUUUACCUUAACAUGUUUGAAUAAAGGUUUUCGACUGUAGAUUUAAGUAAUUAUUUUUGCAAUACAGUGAUAUACAUGUACAUUAGAGGAUGAUUUUGACAUUAGAUUAACUUCCUUUCAUUUUUGAAAAUGAGAUAUUGGAGAUUCCAAUUAAAUGCCCAAAAAUUCACUGCUGUAUCUACAUGUAUUUCAGUAUUCAACUUAUGUUUACACCUGACAUAAAAUUUUGCAUAUUGUGUUUGUAACAAUUCACCUUCAUUCCUAUAAAAGAAUCAUGUUAUAUUUUUAAAUUUUCUUUAAGAAUUGCUUACUGAAUAUUAAGUGUAAUAUGCACGAGACAAUUUUGUUAAAUUUAAAUGUGGAUAUAUAAGGAUCAGCUGAUAUUUUUUUGCACUCUUUUUCUAACAAUUACUGGUAAAAGUAUUGUUAUACUUAAAAAGUGAUAUUUGUAUUGUGAGAACCAUAGAUCACUUCAUUGUUGUUGAUAAAGGAAUGAUAAAUAAUGCUUCACUUUCUAAAUGUAUUGGCAGGUUAUACUUGUUUUCUUUAAGUUAAAAAAGAAAAGCUUGAAUUAAUUUGACUAACAUAGUAUAGCAGUAACUUUUGUACUUUUGUAACCAUUAAUUGUGCCAUGAACACAUAUGUUUUGAUAUGAAUCAUGCUUUUUUUCUAUUAUAUUUUAUUGUUUUGUGAAUGAAAAUAUUUUUUGGAGAUCAGCAGUCCCAUUCCACUGUGUUGAAUUGAGGGAAAAUAGAGGAGGUCAUUUGAUAUACAGAAUAUCUAUUUGAAAUCAUUUUUACUUGGUUGUCAACAAAGAGUGAAUAGGCAACCAUAACUUCAGCGCUAUUCCAUUUUAAUAUAUAACCCCAGGGGGGAUUUUAAGACUGUUAUGAUUUUAUACCACCCCAGACAGAAGCAAUAUUACCCUCUUGGGGUCCAAAUUAGUUAAAAAAAGACACCCACCCAUAUACUAAAAAAAAUUGCCUUCCCACAGUAGGUUAUGUUGUACUGGAAUAGCCAUCAGUUUAACGAGACUGUUAAUUAAACAUAGGUCUCGGUAGAUCCAUGAUGAAAUCCAAAGUUUGGAGUAUCUAUUAGUUGUGUGUUUUUUAAAGUACAAAAAUAAGUUUGUGUAUAAGACAUUAUUGCAAUAUCAUUUAUGGUAUUCUUGUGAUUGUUAGGAUGAAUUUUAUAGUUUAUUUUCUCAUGACUAUUUUUUUAAAGAAGAUUGUCUUGUAUGUUAUUAAGUCAAAGAUUAAUGUUGUUUGUGGAAGUCUAGUUGUAUAUUCAAGACUUUAUACUCAAGUGCCUUUUGGUGACAAAAACGUAACAUUUGUUAUAUUUAUUAGAUUUUUGGUGACUUAGCUUGCAUUUAAACAGUAUGUGUACUAGUUGACUUGUUAAGAGUCUUAAAAUUUAGAAAUGGCCAUGUUUUUACUAACUGUGAUCUGUAUUUUACACAAAGAAGAAAUCUUAAUUAUCUUGACCAUUAAAAUGUGUCCCACAAUGGUGGCUGUAAGUCCCAUGACCUUCAAAAUGUGUCCCACAAUGGCUGCCACCAUUCCUUCUUCAGAGUGAACAAUGACAUCAUGAUGGCUGCUAACAACUUAAAAAGUCGUAUUACUAUUAAAUGUUUUAUUGCUUGUUACAGUUCAUAUUUAUUCAGGGGUUCUAAUGUUCGGGAUUAAUCUGGAAGUCAGUGUUUAGAGCUUUUAGUCUUUGUACAGUUUUUAAAGAUCCAUAUAUUUGCAUGGAUAUUUGCAACACAAACAGUAGGAAGUAUCCUCAAAUGAUUAUAAAUCACUUUGGAAACAUUUUCAAAAGCCGUCGAAGCCCCUUUACCCAGCUUUGGGCAUGAAUCCCUCAUACUCAAACAGACCCCUAGGUAUCUUUCAUGAUUGACAAUUGUAAGGACCCCUGAUUAUAAUUGACCUAUUAUUGAACUGUUAUUAAACUGUUAUUGAACAUACAUUGUUUAUGAAGGUAUUACGUCACAACAUUCCAAAUAAUCCUGAAGUGCUACUAACAUGACAGUGCGAGUCCCCUUAAUGCAAGAACUCAGUAAUUGCAUAUUGAAAUAGAAGCAGUUAUUGAGUUGUGCCUUGUGGUGACCUUGUACAUAACGUCUGUUUUUUGUUUGUGUUAGUUUAUGUUCGUUUGUUCGUAUGAGUUUCUGACACUUUUUGUCACAUGAAAUCUUCCGGUUAAUUAUAUUGUCUUUUUCUAUGCACUAAAAGAGACCAGUGAUUUUUAUGUUUGUUAUUUAUCAUGUAUCUUUAUCAUGACUGAAUGCCUUUAAUUUUGUAUGCACAUUUGUUAUUAUUUUUUUUUAUUCCUAUGUUUUUUAUUUUUUCUGUCAUUGCAUAAUAAGCUUUUGAAAACAGGUUUUUUAAUUGAUGCCAGUGAAAGUGGUCUAGUGGUUUACAGGUGCCAUAUGACUGGUACACAACUAGGGGAACAUUAUCCUAGCUUCUGAAACAGCGCAGAAACUGACUUAUAUCUUCUAACAACUGUCUUUAUAAUCCAGCAUUCAUUGAAAUAGAAGUAAUAAAAUAUUAGUGCCUCCUUGUUCACAUGGAUGAUUUUAGAAGAUUUGAAAAAAGAAGAGAUAAAUUACCAGUAAUAUACUUGCGCUCAAUGGGUUUUGAUCCUAAUCAACACUCACAUUAAGUGGAUAAUGGUUGCUAUUCCACCUGUCUUGUCUUUGCGGAGACAGGAGUAUUUAUAAAGAGUAAAGUAAAAUAAGAUCUCUCUUUUUGUUACUGAAAUAAAUGGAAAACCAAACUCCCAUUCAGACCACUCUUCUGCAGAGACAACUGACUAUACAGGAUUAUAGAUGAGUACUUAUUUCUUACAUGUGAUUUCAUUCGAAGAAGUGUUGUCUCCCCUGGGUCAUGCAAUUUCAUAUAAAAGAGAUUUUGUAUAAAAAUCCAGACGAAAUUUUCGAUUGGAUUCACUACAGCUUCGAACUUCGAAGCUGUAGUGAAUCGACGAAGGUCUUUUUUUAAAAAACAAACUUUUCUUGAAUUAAAUUGGGUUAAGCAUAGUUUUAGCAAUUUCCAAUCAAAUCUGAAAGCAGAACUUCCUGGAACUGCUAGAUGCAAAACACACAACAAUUGGGAUUUUGUGAUCACUAAUAUUAUGCUAAUAGUCACCAAUCCAAGGAAAAUUAAAUUUGUUUUGGUAGUCAUGUUUUCAAAGUGAAAAAAAAAAGAAUUAUUAAGUACAGUUUUAUUAAUUAAAAUAUUGUGUAUAUUUGUUUGUUAAAGGGACUAGACACCAGAUGGUCCAAAAAUCCGCAAAUUCAGUAUUUCCUCAAAACAAGUCUAGAAUUAUCAAUACAAGCUAAAAUGAAGCUGAUUAAACAUUAUUUUACAUGAUUUAGGGAAAAUCUUGUCGCAGUCUCAGUUGAGUUUACAUGGUAGACAAACCUAGUAAAUUUUGAAUUGGAAAAAUUCCCCAAAAUUGGAAAGAUACAUGCUUAGUAGGCGAUGUGAUAUAUCAGUAAGAUUCUUAAUGUUUAAAACAGUGAUAUCAUUUUUUGGUAAGUUUUUGACACUUUUCUUUGUUGCAAUGCUAUCAUUUGGUGUCUAGUUCUUUUAAGCACUUUAGUUGUGUGUGUUUUUUGAUAAUAGUGCUACAUAAUAAUAAUAAUAAUAAUAAUAAUAAUAAUAAUAAUAAUAAUAAUAAUAAUAAUAAUAACAAUCAUAACAAUCAUAAUAAAAACAAUAAUGAUUGUAAUAAUAAUAUAAAAUAGAAUUAUUUUAUUUCUCAUUUGAUUUAUUUUUUGAAACAGUACUUCAACCAAUACAUUGAUAUAAGUUCACCGGAAGUCAAAACCACGGAUGCAUGCUUUUUCUGCAGUGAGUGUUAUACACAUUGUUUACCCCUGAAAAUUUGGGUUCGUAUACAUCAACAUCUGAGUUUGACUCAAAAACUUCAAAUUUUGUUCUAAUGUACAUUUUGUUAGAAGAGCAACAUUUGGUUGAACGUGUCACGUAUUUUGCAAAGACGAUGUUGACUGUAACAAUUAUUAACACCAUUUCGGUAAAAAUAUCCAAACUCAGACAUGGAUCGUUAAUGAAUAUAUGGAACCAGUUUUAUUCAGACGACAAAUGGAUCUUGAAUCUGCCUUGAAUUCUGCUAUUAUUAAGUUGAUAAGUUAUUUUAUUUUGAUAAACCUUAAGUUUACCUUAUAGAAUCACGAUUAAGUCCAUUUCCUGGAAAUAAUUCUAGUACUAUUAUUUAUUUUAUUUUUUUAAACCAGUAAUAAGAUUUAUGCAGUCACUCUCUUCUGACAUAAAAUGUUUUCUUUACAUGUAUAAUACUAAAAGUGUAUGAUUAUGGCAUAUUGUUAUGUUUGAAACUCAUAUUAGUUAUGUGUGAAACGCAAAACGUUUAUAUGCUUUGUUAAUUGUAAGUCUGAAUAAAGAGUGCAUGGAAUAAA